UAUAUCUCUUUUAGAAAGGAAAUCAGAAAAGGGGAAAAAUGUAAAAUUUAUGUAUUGAAAAUCCACAAACAUAUUUUUCAAAUGUAUUACGUUUAUGAGUAAUAUUGCGUGAUACUUUUCCUUUGCACCUGUUCAAUAUCACAAAUUAUGCCAAUAUAUAAUGCAACCAAUAAUUAUUAUCUUCCACUCAGGUAUUAUCUUUAACUGCAGCACAAAACUUAUUAUUCUUUUCUGAAGUGUUAUACUGACUAUGAUUUAUUAAAUUCUUUGUGCAUACAAAAUAAUUUUAUUUACGGGCAACAUCUGCAAUGAUUUAGUUGUUUUCGAAGUAAUAUAAUAGUACUUUAGUAUCCAAUCUACACAUAUCGCUUUAUUCUAAUUUAAUCCUUUUUCAUUCAUAAAACAUAGUUCGUUUUUUGAAAUUAUGUUGAAAAAAGUGACACCAGAGAAUGUCAUUUAUAUUAUUCGACUCAGCGUAGCUAUAUGUUGUUGUUGGCCACGUCCUUUCAAUAGUACCAAAAAUCAAAUUUUUGCUUUUAAAGUUUUACAAAUCAGUACAAUAAUUAGUGCCUUCAUGGUGUUUCUGCCUUUGUUGUAUUCGAUUUAUUUGCACAAUGACAAUAUCAUCCAUGUUUUCAAAUGCAUCUGUUUGUCAAUAGGUAUUACUCAACUUAUUGUUCAAACUCUUAUAUGUUUCAUUAAACACAACUCAUUACAACGUGUAGUCGAAGAAAUGGUGAAUUGUGUGAAACAAGCGCAACAAAGUGAAAUAGAAAUUUUCUAUAAGUAUAUUGAAAAAUGCAAGAUAUUUUAUGGAAGUUCCAUAGCAUUUUCAUAUUUGGCUGCCACUGCUUUUAUGCUAGGACCUGCAAUAUUACCAAUUUCUUUUCCUUUAGAAGCAGAAUAUCCUUUUCACGUCAAUGAAUCGUUAAUAACUAUCAUUAUAUAUAUGCAUCAAUCUUUAGUUAGCUACCAAUGCUCUGCGAAUGUCUGCGUGAGCAUAUUUGGUGCACUUUUACUUUGGUUUACGGUUGCGAGAUUUGAAUGUUUGAUCGAAGAAUUUCAAAAAUGUUCAAAUAUUGAUAUGAUGAUUGCUUGCAUUAAAAAACAAUUACAAUUAAAAAGAUACGCGGAAGAAAUAAUCAAUUGUUUUCGUUAUAUAGUACUUUAUGGUAUAGCAGUAACAACAUUUGCUUUGAUUCUUUGUGGUAUAAUACUACUUAUGAAUAUACCACUAAUUGUAAAAAUACAGUUUGUAAUCAUAUGUAUCACUAUAAUGACGGAAGUUUAUAUGUACGCAUGGCCAGCUGAUUAUGUGAAGAAUAUGAGUAUAAACAUAUCAAGAAGUGUGUAUGAAUUAUCAUGGUAUGAACAAACAAUAGAAAUGCAAAAGAACUUUCUGAAUGUAUUGGUAUAUCAAAAACCAGUAAUAUUUUCUAUCAGUUGUAUAGUACCAGAACUUUCUUUACGUUACUAUUGUUCGGUAAGACAAUAUCUCUCCAAUGUUUUCUCCAUUUUCACUACAUUGCGUGUUCUAUUAGAAGAUACUUCAGCAUAAAUGUAUUUUAAAUUUAAUUAAACUAAUUAUGUAAUAAAUUCUAUAAUUAUAUAACUAUAAACA